CAACCCUGAUUCAGACAGCGUUAGAGGGUUUAUAUUAUCAGCCUGAAUUGCACAAGACAUAUCGGAGUACACUGACGGAUAUAAAACCUCGCGUUGAUUUCUUCUCUGGCAUAACAAAACUGCUGCAAUGAGUCGUAUCAGAGAAAGAAGUAGACGAAACCUCAAAAGCCCGAGGAAGAUCAAAUUUAACUUCAACGUCUUACCACAAGAGGAAUCUUUCCCAGGACGAAGCUCUUUCAGCCAAGACUUGUUCAACAAUGAGACAAGUAUGAAAAUCCGAAAUGCUGCCAAAGAGAGCAAGUUUAUUCAAGGCAUGGCUACAGGAACUCUUGAUCCGGAUGACUAUGGUGGUUACAUGGUGCAAGAUGCUGCCUACUGCUUCAAUGCAGUCGGAGCAUUUGACUACGCUGCUCAACAGAUGCAAGUACAAGGAAAACCUGAAUUUUCUUUACUUUACAGGGUGCAGUCGGAGACCUACAAGAGCUACAACCAAGAGUUUGUUAAAACCUGGCGACUUAAGAAUACUGAGAGCGUGGUGAUGGGCCCAGCAGCCGAGAUGUAUGUGGGCUACGAGUCUGCUCUGAGCCGGCAAGAUGCCAAGUUCCUAUGUAUAGCCAUGUUGCCAUGCACCAUGCUCUGGCCUUGGAUUGCCAGUGAGCUCAUUGAUUCAGUUGACGAGAAGAACCCUUAUUAUGGCUGGUUUGAAGACAACAAGCCUGACACAAACGACAAAAGCAGGCUGGAGAAGUUUGUUGACUUCUUCUUCACUCCAGAGGAUAAAGAGAAGUCGCUUCUCAUUUUCCACGAAGGGUUGGUUAAUGAGCUAAAUUUCUUCCGGGAUGCCUGCGAUGAAACUCUGUAUUACUACUCCUACUUUAAUUUGUAAGUGUUUCUAAUUUUGGCCAAUUGUAUUUCUUGAACGGGAAACUUAAUGUCACUUUUUUUCGUAGCUGAAAAUGUUGCUUUUAUUACACAGCAGUUAGAACUAUUCUCUGGAAAUUUUAACGACUAACUAGUGUGCGACGAGUUUGAUAGUCAGCGGCUGACUAUGACGGGAAAAAUAAAAAACAUUUUGUUAUUGGCUGUAGUGAUAUGUUUGUCAUAAGCUCUGUUGACACUCUCUUUCCUUGUUUUAGUUUCAAACAGUCUGAGCUUAAUUGUUUUUGUUUUUCAAUUGAUAGCUAAUUUGCAGCAAAGUAAAGUUAAACGUUCAUUGUGUGUCCACUUGUCUUU